AAGGUCACGUGGUAUGACUAUUUUAUCACAUCAAAACUGCAAGUUGCUCUGCUAAUAUGUAAAGAGGAAAAUCAUUAAGUUUAUCGCUAGCAUUGCUCUCUAUGGCCAAGACAAUAUUUCAUUGGGAUGGAUAAAUUGUUGCUCGUGUUCACAAUAUUAUUGUCUUGUGUUUUGAGUGGCUGUAUUCCGUUCAACGAAGAUGAUUGGCCAAACAGAGAUAGGGAGUCAUCAAGCUACCUUGAUUACAUCAAAGCAAGAGAACAAGCAUAUGAAGAUGCCUUGCGCUUGAGAGAUUCAUUCCAUUAUAACCAGGAAAGGUAUCUAGGUCCAGAGGAUGACGAUGAUGAGUCUGAUGAUUAUGAUGAUGAAGACUCCAAUGGCAGAAGGAGUUCAGAUGCUGAGGAAAAUGAUGAACUUGGCAGACGAGACAGAGCAAAGGGCAGAAGAAAUUCUAAAAGAAUUGAAAGAUUGAAGCAAGAAAUAAAUGAUAGAAAUAGCCCAAAUCAUAUAGCAAAUGAUAAACAAAAAAAUGCACAAGGGGUGUCAGCAGAAGAUAAAAUUUCAAUUAAAAAGCGCAAGGAUUACAUAAAUUUAAGCAAGAAAAAGAAGGUGAAAUCAAAGAAAAAGGCAAAUAAAAAAGAUUCGCUGAGAACAGAUAUAAAAAGUAGCAAGGAUGAAACAAGGAAAGAUGAAAAUUAUGAAGCGAAAGAAAAUACUGCAAACAGAAAAGAUGAAAUUGAGAAAACAACAAAAGUGCAUGCAACUUUAAAUGAAGCUAGUGAAUUGUUAAGUUACACUGAUAGCAGGAAACACAACGACAUAGUAGAUAAUAAAGGAGAAGAGUCUGAUGACCCAGGACAGAGCUCAUCAGUUAAUAAUUCAGCAACUAAGCCACCACCUGUACCUCCACCCCAAAAGAUAUCAAGCAAAAAGAACACAAAAAAGCUGGAUAAAGCAUUAUUCAUUGUGGUCGUUGCUGCGUGCAGUGUAGCUGGUGUAGCAGGACUCAUUUUAGCUGGAUACUGCUGGUACAGAUUGCGAAACGAGCAAGAAGACGUCCCGGAAGAAGAUACAAAAAAGUAUGUGAAGAAGAAAAAGAAGAACAGAAAGCCAGAACUGACAAAUGAUGAGAAAUUAGCAAAAAGUGCCGAAGUAUUUCAUUACAUGCACACCAAGAAGCAGCUGGCUGCAAUGGAGAAGUCUGGUACCGAUAAAAAAGCAAGCGUUGUUGAUGACAGUGACAGUUCAGAAGAGGAAAGUGACAACACGGUUUAUGAAUGCCCUGGACUUGCACCGCCUGGGGACAUGAAGGUCAUCAACCCGCUAUUCAGCGACACUGAAAGAGAACAUAGUGACGUCAGAAGUGAUGGAAGUCACGUGUCCAGCCCUACAAGAGAAUUAUCUCCUCCGAAAAAAGAGCAGAAGGAAGAUUUAUCUUCAAAGUAAACGAAUCAGGCACAAAAAUGCGAAUAAUGUUGGCUAAAUUAGAAAAUUAUUUAAUUUUUAACAGGCAAUAUCAUGCUAGGUUUUGAUUACAAAUGAAAAGAUUAUUUAACAUCUUUAAGUAUUUAGCUGAAGUCAGACCGCGUCCGUCAGGUUGAGCUAGGGCCUUAGCUUUCAAAGCAACCAAAGAAAAAAACUUCAUUUUCAUUUAGGGUCUGCACCACAAAGCGCCCCCCCCCCCUCACUUAAAGGUUGCGUUAUAAAUCAUGGUUGUAUAUUGAAAAUUUUAUAGUAGUGUUCAUAUUUGAAUCAGGGGUAUUUUUUAGUUUUUUUUACAGAUUUGGUUACAGCGUUGUUUUUUUCAUUUUACCUUCGAAUAAGAUUGAUGUAAAACACCAAAAUAUGAUCGGUGCAGUAAAACCUCUAUGAGCGGACGCAUCGUCAAAAACGGACAUAUAUUCUUUAUAGCAGUCUUUGUAAACAACCGCCAGAUCAUGGAAUCAUGUCUUUAACGGACAAUAAAUCUACUUCGAAUGUGUUGGCUUUAUCAAGGUUUUACUAUACUGUGAAAAAGAGUAGGUGGGUGGGUUGAAAUCCAAUAGAAAUAAACUCUCGAAGUAUUUGUGGUUUUUAUUUACUAAUGUGAAAUGCCCGGAUUAUCGAAUCUUAUACAAAGUGUUACUACAAGCUGGAAAUCGUCUUAUUAGUCUUCGCAAGAAUUACUUAAUGGUGGCAUCACCAACAAUUUAUCAAAAUGGUUCUCACGAUUAGCGGACCCCGUGCCAAUUCCGAAUUCUACAACAAAUUGGCAAAUAAUUGUACCCCAGAUUUCUUUCUUUCUGUCAAAGGUUUGUAUACGUUCUCCCCAUCCCCCUCUAAAGCAGAAACCUAUAUACUGCUGAUAAUAUUCUGGUCCCACGUGUCUCUGUAUAUACCCUAUAGUAAGUUUUUCCAGUAUUAUAUGCUUGCUCUAUAAUCAUACUGUUUACUGCCGUUCAAUUUGCAGGCAUGUUUGUAUGCGAGUUUGAGAAUUCCCCCCUUUUUAAUUCCUUUAUGUAUUGAAAUGUUUUCUUCAACAUUUCCCUUGUAAGAUCCCAACCUUGUUUACGAAUACAUUUAAACCAUGAAACUGUUGUGUGGAUAAAAUCAAUUAAGAGAUUACCAAUACAGCUGCUGGAUGUUAUGAAGUAACAAUGUUGCGUCUGUAAAUUCACAUUAUUACGUAGUCUUGGUAAAUUAUUAUUGCCUGAAUAUAUGAACCUUCUUUACGUUCAGUCUAUGUUCAUUUUCGUGAAUGAUUUGCCCUAGUGUUUGCCAGGCCAUUUCAGUGACCUAUAGCAAAUCAUUGGCCGUUAUGAAUAACACAUAAAUUAAUUGCUCACUAACGCAUCUGUAAUUUUUUUCUCCUUGGGUAAUUAUCUUACUUAGAGGUUGCAAUGUACAUCUACCAACAAUAUUA